CACGUCACCAUGCCGCUCCCCGCCCCGUGGCUGUCGUACAAGACCAAGGAUGGCAAGGAAUACUACUACAACCCGGAGACUAAAGUGACGACAUGGACCAAGCCUUCAGGCUCCUCUAGUAAAACGCCGCCCAAACACCACAAAUCCAGCUCAGGAGGGGGAGGUUCAGGCGGUUCCUCCUCGACUCCAGCUCUUCCCUCUGGAGGCGCAGGAAGAGGCGGUCUGUUGGCUCAGAUCCAGCAGGGAGCCAGCCUCAAGAAGGUGAAAACAGUAGAGAAGACGAUGUUUGCUGGUCACCCAAGUGGCAGCGUUGGAGCCGGGCCUGGCGCUGGCUCUGGAGGCUCAGCCCCUGCUGCUAGUCCCUCUGUGGGCGGAGGCGGUGGCAUGGGCGCUAUGAUGGCGGCUAUUAAGCAAGGAGGCAACUUGAAAAAGACGCCAAGCUCUGGAAUCCAGAGAGAAGACAGCAGUGGCGGCAGUGCCAGUAGCGCCUCCAAUGGAGCGGGAGGGUUUGCCGAAAUUAUGCGUAAGAACCGCGAGGCUGCUGCGAGAAGAUCCGGCGGUGGUGGCUCAGCUCCGCCUGCAAAUAACAGCAGCUCGGCACCUGCGACGCCGCGUCAGACGCCAUCGUCUGGAAGCUACGAGAACGGAAGCAACAAUAACGUCGAGGCACGACUAGCAGCGAUUGAAAGCAAACUCGACAAGAUCAUGGCACACCUGGGCAUUAACUAAGUCGCCCAAGACUGGAGAUACCAAUAGAGGAAUCCUUCACUGCG